AUGACAUCACCACCAUUAAAAGAUAAUGACAAUCUUGUCAUAUCAUCAUCGGCAAACCAACAAAUCGCUGCUGUCGAAGCGCCCAUGUUGCAAUCUAAAGAGAUUGCACCAAUAGCAACUGUAACUCCACGUCCUCCCGCCGUGGAUACUGCUAUUGCCAUUUCUAACACUCGAUCAAACUACCACAUUGAACAACGUGUCAAUACGAACCUUACCCAAAAUGAUGGGAUACCACCUCAAGAAUUUCAAUAUGUCUCGACCAUUCCCUCGAAAACAGAAUUACCUUCUCCACUUUCUCCUCCGCCUACGAAACCUGCGAAACCACUAACGACUCAAUCAAACACAUUGAUAGAUUUCGACGACUUGAUCACCUCCAGUGUCCCGAAUAACGUGCCAAUCUUGGAUAAACAUAUUAUACUACCAAACGUAUUAUCAACAAAUAAUUUAACAGCUUCAGAAAGAACAUUUCUCGAAUAUUAUAAAGAAUCCUCUUCUGACCUUGAACAACCAAUUAACACGAUUCAGGAAUCAAAGACAAACUUAGAGGAAAAUGUGCCUAAUUAUAAUCCACCGGAUAACCGCAUUCAAAAAAGUCCAAUUUUUAAUAAUGCCACCAAAAAUAAUAACCCCGAAGUUUAUCAAAAUUAUACAAUACUUGGAAAACUGAAUUCAGAUCCCACUAACAUAUAUCUCAACCUUGAUAUCCCAUUUUCGAGCGUAAUAACUGGGACGCCUAAUUCGGGCGUAGACUUAAUGCUACAAAAUAUUCUUGAGGGUAGCCUUAUACAAAACUCCAGCCUGGGAGAAUUAAAAAAUCCUUUAUCCGCCUUGAUAUUUCGAUUCGAGAGUACUUCCAACACUCAACCAUCCCAUAGAGCUUUUCUUGGCACAUCCCAACAAAGUAUCGAAACAAUAAAAGAAAAAUGUCAAAUGCAUAAAGUUAUUGUAUUGCUAUCACCAUCUAACUAUCGAAAAAUGAGUAUACACUAUAAAAACAUCGAGAAUUGUGAAGUGAGACCUUUAUUUUUCUCGGAAACCGAAUUAUCCAUUAAUAGUGUCAAGGCAUGGCUUACAAUCAAAGGAGACGCACAAAUCUACGAUCAAUGUGUCGAACUAGUUGACGACAUCCUAUACGACUUGGGAGAUUACUUUGAUUACAAUACAUUUUGUAAUCUUCUUUUGCGACGAACCUCCUCUUCCCUUCUUCUCAAAGAAUUCUUUACGUCACGUCUGAAACGCUUAGACUCUUUUAUCACCGAAAAAUUGACGCAAUCCAUAAAACAAAAAGGAUUCUGGAAAAUGGAUUUGGAUAAGGUGACACCCUUGGAAGCAUUAUUCCAGCCGGGUGUGACAGUCAUUGCCGAUUUGAGUGAUAAUGUGUUGAAUAAAGAAAUGGUAUCAAUCCUUUUUGACAUCAUCCUCAAAAUUUAUAUCCGAUCGAAUAAUCCCGAACAUGCAAAUGAUGGAAAACUUGUGGUCUUGGAUGAAGCUCACAAGUUUUUCACAUCGGAUUCGCAACUUGCGGAAACCUUGCAACGUAUUCAGUCUCAUCUCUAUCAGCAUAACGCGAGACUCGUGAUUGCCACGCACGAUCCUACUCUAUUACCUCCGCCUAUACUUCAUAACUCCGAUCUUCAUAUUCUGCACCACUUUUCGUCGCCAGCCUGGUCGAAAUUUUUGAUGGAACACAUUGCUCUCGAGAAUAUCUAUAACCUAUUUCAACAAGCAAUGCAAUUGAAAUGCGGACAACAGGCUUUCCUGUUUAGCCCUUACGUCGCCGCUGUCCAAUCGGACAUCGAUAUUAAUCCCGACCAACCAUCAUCUGUGAUUACUGGAGUGAUCACGAUGAGAGAGAGUGUAACUUUGAAUAAAAGUGUGGUUACAGGACAUCGAACAUCCCAAUAG